AUGAAGAUCAAUAUUUUGCUAUCACGUGGAAAGGGAAGCACUGAAACGACUGCAGAAGCCCUCAUUGAUUCAGGGGCUGGAGGAAUUUUCAUCGACCAGAAGUUUGUGUUGACGAACAAACUGAAGACGGUCCCUAUACCAAGACCAAUCAAAGUCUUCAAUGUUGACGGCACCAAGAACAGACAAGGACUCAUCACCAAAGCGGCAUUCUUGCAAAUGAAGAUUGGAGACCGAGUCCGCUCUGUCCGAUUUUUGGUCACCGACCUGGGGAAGGAAGACGUUAUAUUGGGACUACCU